UGAAAUUCGUCUUCAAUUUCUAUUAUGCAACGAAGAUUUACGGCCACCUGUUAAUAAAGAAGCAACAUCGUGUUAUGUGAACUUGAUGAGAGAAUGUUGGAGCAAGGAACCUAAAAAUCGACCAUCGGCAGAAAAACUCUGUGAAAUUUUUAAAGAAUGGCAAGAUGAUGAAAAUAUCUUACUGGAAUUGAACAAAUCAGAGAUAAAACUUGAAAACAUCGAAAAAUCUUACGCUGAUAUAUGA